UUAGUGAGUUUAGCUGGUUAAGAUAUUUUGAAACAUUGUUGCCAUUAAUGUAGAUGUCGCCCAGGCCUAUAAUUUAAUUGUAUUUGCUGAAUGCUAUUAAAACCUAUCGCACGGUUUGUGGUUGUAUGCAUGUAAACGUGAGGAUCUGAUUCAUUGUUGUCUGAUCAGCUCUUAACGGACUGAAAUGAGUUUAUUCGGGACGAACACGGGCUUUGGGUCUGGGGGAACAGGUGUAUUUGGCAGCACCACCACAGAUAGUCAUAAUCCAAUGAAGGAUGUUGAAGUAACAUCGCCACCUGAUGACAGCAUAAGCUGCUUGGCAUUCAGUCCUCCUACGAUGCCUGGAAACUUUCUCGUUGGAGGCUCGUGGGCCAAUGACGUGCGGUGCUGGGAGGUUCAAGAUAAUGGUCAAACUGUCCCUAAAGCCCAGCAGAUGCACACAGGCCCGGUGCUGGAUGUCUGCUGGAGUGAUGAUGGCAGUAAAGUAUUUACAGCCUCCUGUGACAAAACUGCCAAGAUGUGGGAUCUGAACAGCAAUCAGACCAUUCAGAUAGCGCAACAUGAAGGCCCGAUCAAGACAAUUCACUGGAUAAAAGCACCGAACUACACCUGUAUUAUGAGUGGCAGCUGGGACAAAACACUAAAGUUUUGGGAUACACGUUCCCCAAACCCCAUGAUGUCCCUGCAGAUGCCAGAGAGGUGUUACUGUGCAGAUGUGGUAUAUCCAAUGGCUGUUGUAGCCACUGCAGAACGUGGUCUUAUUGUUUACCAGUUGGAAAAUCAGCCUUCAGAGUUUCGACGUAUAGAGUCUCCUCUGAAGCAUCAGCACCGCUGUGUGGCUAUCUUUAAGGACAAGCAGAGUAAACCUACUGGUUUUGCACUGGGCAGCAUUGAGGGCCGAGUUGCCAUUCACUACAUAAACCCACCUAACCCAGCCAAGGACAAUUUCACCUUUAAGUGCCACAGGUCAAACGGAACCAAUACUGCCACACCCCAAGAUAUUUAUGCUGUAAAUGCUAUCUCCUUUCACCCUGUCCAUGGCACUCUGGCGACAGUAGGCUCUGAUGGGCGCUUCAGUUUCUGGGAUAAAGAUGCUCGCACUAAGCUGAAGACCUCUGAACAAUUAGAUCAACCAAUAACAGCCUGUUGCUUCAAUAACAAUGGGAACAUAUUUGCCUAUGCCUCCAGCUAUGACUGGUCUAAGGUACAUUAUCAGUGUCUGUUUAACAUUUGUAUAUUACCAGUAGGUGGCGAUAUGCAAUAAGAACGCAAAUCACCAUUAAAAGGAUAGUUAUAUGGA